GUGUGAUGUUUGACAUGAGCGCCUAGAAGUCUGUCUUUACAACUUAUGUUUUAUUCGACCGUUUCAGUAGGCUAGACAUUUCUCUGAAAUGGACGGGAUGGCCAGCACAAAGGACGAUGUGUCUUUGAGGAAAAGAAAAAGAGAUGAUGGUUCUGAGAUACAUAAGCAGCCUAAAACGGAUGCAAGUUCAGAGUCUUGCCUGGACGAACCCGUUGACCUGCGAAGUGUGCAACAUGAAAUCAUUAAAUACGGUCCCUCAUCUUUGUCAGUGAAACACUUCGACCCGGACACUACAGAGCCACUCAGUUCUGGACUGAAGAACCUGGAAGAGCUGCUAGCAUGGAAACUCAGCGAGGCGAGUCCCUUCAACGUGGCGUCCGUCCCACGAGCCAGCAGACAACCGGCAUACGCAAGCAAUCAGCGACGCACGCUGGUGUGUCACGACAUGAUGGGAGGCUACCUGGAGGACAGGUUCAUUCAAGGUACGGAAGUGGAGGCGCCGUAUGCCUUCUAUCACUGGAGCCUCAUUGACAUCUUCAACUACUUCACCCAUCAAAUGGUGACCAUACCCCCGGCCUGCUGGACCAACGCGGCACACAAGCAUGGAGUCCUCUCUCUCGGGACCUUCAUCACUGAGUGGACUGAUGGCGCUGAGAUGUGUGAGAAAUUUCUGGCGAAUGAGGAGGCAUAUCGGGCAGUGGCUGACAAACUUGUCCAGAUCUCACACUACCAUGGCUUUGACGGCUGGCUUGUCAACAUAGAAAAUGGUCUAAGUGCAACAGCAGUGAAGAACAUGUCUCUGUUCUUGCGGUACCUCACGGACCAGAUGCAUGAGCGAGUCCCUGGCAGUGUGGUGAUCUGGUAUGACAGCGUGCUAAAGGAUGGCUCGCUCAAGUGGCAGAACGAGCUCAACGAUGACAACAGAGUGUUUUUUGAGGCUUGUGACGGCUUUUUCACAAACUACAACUGGACGGAGCAGAGUCUGGAGCACAUGAAUACCCUGUCUGCUGCUCAGAAUCGUCAGGUUGACAUAUUUGUCGGGGUGGACGUGUUUGCGCGAGGCGACGUGGUGGGAGGCAAGUUUGAGACCAAUAAGGCCCUGAGUCUUCUUCGCAAACAUGGCUUCUCUACCGCCAUUUUCGCUCCUGGAUGGGUCUACGAAUGUCAUGAGAAAGCAGAGUUCCGCCAAAACCAGGACAAGUUCUGGGGAUUACUCACUGAUCUGCUGUACUUCCACCGUCCCACCGCCCUUCUCCCCUUCGUCUCCACCUUCUGUCAGGGCUUCGGCAAGAGCUUCUACAGGAAUGGACAGCUAGAGUCCCAGAAGAACUGGUUCAAUCUGAGCGCCCAGGAGCUGCAGCCCUUCUACUACAAGGAGCAGGUGGAGGGCGACGGCUGGGUGAGGACCCGAAGCUGCCCUGAAGAAGCCUGGAACGGAGGCAGCUCGCUUCUCAUAGAGGGCAUCAUUCCCGAAGGCCUGUCUAAAAUCUGUGCAAGGAUAUUCUCUCUGCACGUGCCUCUGGCCACCAGGACGUUUGUGUCCUUUGUGUACCGGCCGUCUGCUGGUGUGUCCGUCUCCUUGGAGCUGAAGAUGGCAGAUGCCGCACUCUGCUCACACACUAACACCGAGGACAUAUCGACCAGUAGCAUGGUACCUGAUGCUCUGCCUGAGGACCAUGACCUGGUGAAGCAGUUUAUUCAGAGCUGUGGGGUGUGGAGGCCUGAUGGGUGGACUAAACGGUGCUUCCAGUUAGAACUGAGUGGCUGUGCGUUACGGGACAUCUGUGUGAACAUCACACGUGACGGGCCUCCGAAGGACAAAACCUUUUCCUGCAGAGUGGGAGAGAUUAUGGUGCUGGACGCGGAGAGUCUCCUGGUGUCCCCGCCCUCUAUGCAGAACAUCUGCAUCUCCGACGUCGUGUGGCAGCGCGGCGUGAGCGACCCCGGCAGCGACUCCUCCACCGUCAUCGUCAAACACGACACGAAGGUCCACCUCAACGCCACCCUGCAGUGGAACUACCCGAGCCAGCUGGUGCGCUGCUUCCGCGUCCACUGGCGCCGGCUGCGUGGGCCGGACCCCCGGGUGCAGUCCGGCCCCCUGGUGGCGGUGGGCCGCUCCUACUCGGGCCUGUACCGCGUGGUGGACCUGGUGGUGCCGGAAGCCCCCGCGCUCAUCGAGCUGGUGGUGGAGCCCGUGACCCGGGAGGGUUUCAGCGUCCCAGAGUCCCACUGGGGGAGACGUGCGCUCAGCUACACCGAGGGACAUGCAUAGACACACACACACUCUCUUUCUUUUUAAAAUACACGCUCUCUCUUCCUCACAGAUGUACUGUAUACACACACCCACAGACACAUACACACACACAAACACCACGUUUUAAUUCUUAUCUUCCUUGCAUACAAAGGCCUUAUCUUGCUUUUUAUGUAUCAUCAUUGCACUCACACAUCUACACACCUUUUCUUACUCAUACUUACUUACAUAUAUACUGACAUAUACACAAACAGUCACAGUAACAUGGACACACAUUGAGACGGACACAGAAAUACUUAAAAUAUGGUAGAUCCUUGAAUACAUACUUUUCACACACGCAUACUGUUCUUCCGUCCAAAAUUUCUUUCCUCUCUGGACGAUAUUAGUUUGCUUCACUGGCGUCAUGUUUGCAUUACUGUAGUGAACUCUACAGUGGUGUGAUUUCAUCUGAUUUCAAACUCGAGUCUUAUAGGGCUACACCAGCCAGGUACGGGUGUUCCGUUCGCGUCGUGUCUGUUGAAACAAUUAGCUUCCACUAUAAUCAAUGGAAGCUGCUAUACCAGACGUGACAGCAGCGCGUAUAUUUUGAAAAAAUGUACCAGUCCUCAGAAAAAAAAUAAAAUAAAUGAUGCGUUGCGAACGGAACGCUUCAGUUACAUGCCUGGUGUAGCUCUGCUGUUAAGCUCACUGUAGACUCCCAGCAUAGCCUGGGUCCAUUGGAUUUCAGUCAAACAUGUUUCAUUACUGUUGGUUACUUGAGUUUACACAGACAUGUUGAUGUCAUGGCUGAUGGGUGCUUUUACUCUAAUCAUGAGACGCAAAGGGUUAUUGUGAUUAAUAAUGCUUUUGAUAUUUACCUUAAUGUAAUAUGCAAUGUGUGAAUACAGACACACACACUUAAUCCAUCCUGAAGCCCUCUAAUAUGAAGAAACCCAGGGUAUACUGUAAUGAUAGAUGCACUAUAAGGAAUGCCCUUGUUUUGGCCUUUCCUUUUGUGCAAGUUUUUUUUUCUUUUCUUUUAUUUUUUAAACUUGCCUUUUACUGUUGAGACCGGUUUAACUUUUUUUUUUUAGCAAUGCUAUGUACCGUGUGUGGAGCAAUCCCACCACUGACUUUGAUAUGUUAACCUAGCUCUUCCUGCCCAGUUCACCCAGCUCAGUUUUUGUUGUAAUUAGCCAACCCAAAGAGGAUUUGGAGUUUGGUUAUACCAGGAUAGUGAUAUCUGCUUGAAGAGAAAUGUCUGCGGUUUUUAAACAAUAAACAUAAUGCACUUCAUAUCCUGUGCCUGAGGCCAACAUCAAUGCAGAAAUGUUUUGCUACACUAGUCAUGUUGUGCCACUGGGGCCAUUUAUUUAGCCAUUACUGACCAGGAUUGAUUGCCUUAAUCAACAACCCCAAUCAAUCGUAAUGGA